GUACUCUUACCAAUAUUUUAGAUAAUUUAAAAUCUCUGCCCUCAUUCGUUAGAAUGUCGAAAAGAAAAAUGGAACACUUAUUUCUUAGUGAAUCAGAUAGCAGUGAAAAAGAAAGCUUUUACGAGGCUUACAGAAAUUCGGAUAGCAGCGAUGAGGAAGAAAUCAGAUUUCCUAGAAAUAGAAAUAUAAAUAGAAUUACAUCGUCUGAUUCUGAUUCGGAUAUUGAUAAGUGCAAUCGUAGUGAUACUGAAUGUAAUGAAGAUACUGUUGACGAGAUUUUACAAGAAUUGGUCAUUAAGGAAGGAAGAAUAACUGAUGAUACCGUGGAUAGUACAAUUCAAUUUGGUGAAUGGAAUGAAUUUAGUGGUCGGCAGAAGUCAGUUCCUUGUCCCGAGACAGACGGCAUCAUUAGGCGAUUACCUGGCGAUGUCAAUCCAUAUGAUGUGUUUCAGCUGUUCGUUGAUAACGAAAUAAUAAACUUACUUGUAUCAGAAAAUUGCAACAAGGAAGGAUGUAAAUAUUAGAAGAUUUAGAGAAUUAUUAGUUACAAAAGUAUU